AUGGAUAUGGAAAUAAGUGAUUCUGAUGAAUUUAUAAAUAGAAGCAGGAGAAAGGCAUCAAGAUUACGGAUACUUUCUUUUUCUUCAGACGAAGAUUUUGUUAAUGUAAACAGUGAAGUGAACGAAUGUUCCACGGAAGAAGAAGAUUUGGUGUCUAAAUCAGAGAAUGAGGAUAGCGAUGAAGAAUGGCAGGAAGUAAAAGAAAGAACUUCAGUAAUAAAUUAGUAUUCGGAAGAAGAGGAAUUUUUGGAAUAUUCGGAAGAAGAGGAAUUUUUGGAUGAAAACACAGACUGUAAUGACCCUUUUGCUUUAUACAAAUUAUUCUUCACGGAUUACAUACUAGAUUUGAUAGUUGAAGAAACAAAUAAAUAUGCUACAGAAUGUAUAAAUAAUUCUUCAUCUAGCAGUAGAAUGCACCAACAGGCCUGGCAGUCUGUUACAAGAGAUGAAGUGAAUACUUUUAUUGGAAUAUUGCUUGUUAUGGGUGUAGUGCGAUUACCAGAAGUUAGAUUAUAUUGGUCUAAUAACGAUAUGUAUGCGAACGCACGCAUAAAAAAUCCAGAACUGAAGAUCGGUUGUACAAAAUUCGAAACAUUAUUGAAGCAAUUGUGA